AUGCCGAAAUCCCUGCUUGACUUGAACGAUGAGAUUCUGUGGCUGAUAGGACAAUACGUCGAUGGGGAUCUCGCCAUUCCGAUGCCUUCUUUCGGACCUUACUGGACGACAUACCCCGAUUUGAUUGAUCCGAAGACGUCGCGAGAUUUGAUAUUUUUCAGAUCGACAUGCAGAAGACUGCGUCAUGCCUGUCGCUUACAGGGGAUUCAUAUGGUUAUAGAUGAGAUUGAAGUUGAGGGAAGAGCAGGGCCUGAGGAAAAUUUGUGUUCAGACGGCAUUCAGAAAUGCGUGAGACGCGCUCGGAUUAGUCCGUUGUGCAGGCGCAGAUCUCUUAGAGGCCACAGUCCGGAGACUACUUUUGCUUCAAAGCUUCAGCCGUUAAGUUAUCUUGAAGAACUCAGUGUGCAACAUGGCACUGAAACGUCAUCUAAGCUUGCCACACAGGUCUUCGAAACACUUCCUGAGCCUCUUGACUUUCUGCCGAACCUCAAAUCAUUGUCAGUUGAUUUUGACUGCAAUGACUGUUCAGGACAUCUACCUUUGUUAUUGAUUACAAGCGCUCCAAAACUUCAACACCUCAAAAUGUAUUUGGAUCCUCCAGUAGACGUACCAGAUUGGGAUCCGUUACAGGCAUUUAGUGCAAUUCUCAAAGCAUGGACAGAUCACAAUCUCAAACCGUAUAUGCCUCUGACAACUUUGUACCUCAAGUAUCCUUGGUCGGCAAGAGGGAUUAUCUGGAGAAGCUGGGGCAAGGUGAUCAGAGAGGCGUUCAAACUAUUACCUGAAUUAGAAGAUUUUCAGGUAGCGAGUUUCAACAAAAAGGGGAAAGAACUUACUUUUGGUACUUAUCUAAUCUGUUCGAAAGAAGAACAAGGGAAUGCAGAAUUGGUUCAAUGGAAAUUCGAAGUCAUGAAUUUGGAAGAUGGAGAUUGGAGAAAUUCUUGGACUCUGGAGGAAAUGAUAAAUUAUCUGAAACCUUCAUCAAAAUUAAAAAUAUUCGAUCCGAUAAUCGUUAUACAACCGGGAGAAUCAAGACCGUGCAAUCUUUCUCCGAGUAGUAAUCACAUCACACGAAAAUCUAUAUAUCACGACCAGAAUUCCUACGAAUCGUCCAGAUUUGAGGAUCUUUUGUCCAAAUACGAACACCUCCUUCGAAGUCAGAUGAAAGCUGCUGCUGAAGCAUUGAUAGAGCUUGUGCCGUCUUUACAAGAAGGGGCUUUCUGGGAGCGGGGAACGGAAGUUUCUUAUGAUGAUUGGUAUAGGUGGAAAUGGACAAAAUCAAUCGGCGAUGACGGAACACCGGAAGCUGAAGUGACCAAAACUCCGCUGACCCUCAAAACGGCUGGAAAAUCCCAAUGA